GUCGAAGCGGGCCCCCCACAGGCCGAUGCGUAAUAAGGAAAAAAAAAAAAAUAAAAACAAAAAACCUUGGCCUGGAGGGUCUAAUCCGUUCAUUCAGUCAUUCAUAGGCCACCUUACCGGUAUCAAAUGGUUAUAGACAGGCAUACAGGCACUCAGCAGUUGAUCGGGGAAUGCAGUUACUUUAGUGUCGUUCAGCACAAUCAAUCAAGCCCUCAGGCAACCACUCUUUACACACACCACUCUAAUUACCUUGAUAAUCAUACCAAUCCAACCGCCGCUCUCAUCAACAAAACCCCAAACAAAACGACCAUAAGAUUCCCCUCCCUCCCGAACGCCUUCUCCGAGCAAUCAUAUCAUAUCACAUCACAUUUUACUCUACACACCUACCGUUCAGCACACCUUGAGCCGCUUCAGCCUCUCUCUGGCCGUGACAUCAUCCCUUUUUGGUGGAUAACGCUUUAGGUAGUUUCACCGUCGGCACGGGUGCGCUGCCGCAAAAAAAAAUGGGACCCUUUGAAAGCGAAGCACGGGGACAAAGUCCUGUUAACCAUCAGAUACGGUACGAUGAGGAACAUGGCGAGUAAGGUAAAGUCGAUAUAAGUCUUAAAUUAUUAUUUUUCCUUAUUUUUUCUCGCAUAACGAAAAGCGGGCUCGCCGGGGAUGAGAGGGGGGGCGGGGAGCUGGACGUGUUACGGGCGGGCGUUGGCUUUGGUUCAACCUAUUGUCCUGCACAGUAUGAUACGGUAUCAUACAACUUUCGAAUAUGAUAAACCCUACCGGUCGAUAUCACAACUCAGACAUGACAACGAAAGGCUACGGUAACAAAACCCAGCCAGCGCAAACCCGGAACCAGAUCUCAUGAUUGCGGUAGCCACAGUUUAGACAAAAAACAUAAGUUAGCCGCGGGUGACACCUUUAUCGGGUUUUUCUUUUAAAUCUUUACUCCCAUCCGAUUAGCCGCCUAAGCGACCCAGUUAAAAAUUUCCUUUAAAAAAGACCCGGACCGCCCGUCCGUUACCGUUUUCGAGCAUGCUAGAGCUUUCAAUCGGGAACAUCCACGGUCCGCCCCCCCCCCUUCUGACAAAGCAAAAUGGGUAAAAAUUUAAUAGUCGUACGAUUUUUGAUUUUUCUUUUGGGUUUUUUUUUUUUUUUUGCUCGACAAAAGGCACGGAUUUGGUCCGCUCGGGCCGCGGUGCAGUGUGACUGUUCGGUUCUUGCUACAUGGGGCUUGUGGGGUUGGGUGAUGCUGGGUGGGUCGAAUGCCGGUGGUGAUGGUGAUUAAUUUUUAAAAUUUAUAUCUCUACGAUAACUUUUUGCUCUCGUUGAAGGGUGCCGUAUGGUGAUUUGCUCUGGAGGGUUUGGACUCGGGGGGAAGGGGCUAAGGUAAAUUGGGGUAGCUAUUGAUAGUGGUAGAGGGACAGGAAGGAUCGUUAUGCGGGGGAAGAAGAGGAAGAGGGGACCUUUAGAUAUCAUGGGCACUGGGGAGAGAUUGCAAGCUACUGUUAUCAUAGCUUCUCCACCUUUAACUUACACCAAGAUCACACGCUUCCACUCCCUA